GGGGCACGCGGCGAGCAGGCGAGGUGCGUCCCACGCCCCGCCCCGGGAAUUCCCUUGGGUUCGCGGUGCACACAGGCUGUUCCAGUGUGGGGUGUGUAAGUCCUGGGGAGGGGAGAAUUACGCUCAUCUCCGUCUCGAAGUCCAAGCUUGGAAGCUGAAGACAGAUUUCUCUGAAGAUAACAAAGACACUUUGUCACUUUGGGCGCUGCCUCAAUGCAAAUCUUUAAUUGCAAGGGAAUGGGGGAGGGGAUAGAGUGUCUCAAGCAACCAAGCGCGGGUCUCCAGGCGGCAAGGCCCCCUUUGAUCAGGAAAAUCCAAUUAUUUGUGUAUAUACAUUUCCCACAUAGUGAUUACUUCAUUAAUUGUCCCGCCUUUAUCUCCUCCCUUCCCAUCCCCCCUAAUAAUCAGUUCUUUUAUCCAGACCAACAAACACACCAUAGGAGCUUUGUGGAUUCAAAGGAUUUGCUUUCGCUUCUGAAAGAGCCGCUAUUCUUUGAUGAUUGGGUAGCGGCAAACUUCAAAGCCAUAAAUCUUCCCUCUGACUGGCUGGCGGCCCAGCAAAGUCCUUAUCAAAUUCUUGGAGGUGAUCCUGAAGCGCUCAGACCGCGCGCAGGGCGAGCAAGUGGGGUACCGUGAGCAGCGCGGGCGGGGAAGGCCCCAGCUCGCGGAUCGGGUGCCAGCUAGGGACUCUGGGCGGCUGUCCGUCCUCGCCUUCUGGUCUCCAUGCCUCGGCUGCGCCCUGGUCCGCAGCCAACUGCCCGCAAACUGUAGCCAUGACCGCCGUUGCCGUCCUCCGGAACGACUCUCUGCAAGCCUUCCUCCAGGACCGCACCCCCAGCGCCUCCCCGGACCUGGGCAAGCACUCACCCCUGGCGCUGCUAGCCGCCACUUGUAGCCGUAUCGGCCAGCCGGGCGCUGCUGCACCCCCGGACUUCCUGCAGGUGCCCUACGACUCAACGCUGGGCUCGCCCUCCAGGCUUUUUCACCCGUGGACCGCCGACAUGCCAGCGCACUCGCCGGGCGCACUGCCGCCCCCACACCCCAGCCUGGGGCUGACGCCGCAGAAAACGCACCUACAGCCGUCCUUCGGGGCGGCGCACGAGCUGCCGCUCACCCCCCCUGCUGACCCCUCGUACCCCUACGAGUUCUCACCGGUCAAGAUGCUGCCCUCCAGUAUGGCGGCGCUGCCCGCCAGCUGCGCGCCUGCCUACGUGCCCUACGCGGCCCAGGCCGCGCUGCCGCCCGGCUACUCCAACUUGCUGCCCCCACCGCCACCCCCACCGCCUCCCACGUGCCGCCAGCUGUCCCCCAACCCGGCCCCCGACGACCUCCCAUGGUGGAGUAUCCCGCAGGCGGGCUCCGGUCCGGGGACCUCCGGGGUUCCGGGGGGCAGCCUGUCCGGCGCCUGUGCCGGUGGACCCCACGCGCCCCGCUUCCCUGCAUCAGCGGCCGCUGCCGCCGCCGCCGCUGCUGCAGCCCUGCAACGGGGCCUGGUGUUGGGCCCGUCGGACUUCGCGCAGUACCAGAGCCAGAUAGCGGCGCUGCUACAGACCAAGGCCCCCCUGGCGGCCACGGCCAGGAGGUGCCGCCGCUGCCGCUGUCCCAACUGCCAGGCGGCGGGCGGCGCCCCGGAGGCAGAGCCGGGCAAGAAGAAGCAGCACGUGUGCCACGUGCCGGGCUGCGGCAAGGUGUAUGGCAAGACAUCGCACCUGAAGGCGCACCUGCGCUGGCACACGGGCGAGCGGCCCUUCGUAUGCAACUGGCUCUUCUGCGGUAAAAGCUUCACGCGCUCGGAUGAGCUGCAGCGGCACCUGCGGACUCACACCGGCGAGAAACGCUUCUCCUGUCCUGAGUGCGGGAAGCGCUUCAUGCGUAGUGACCAUCUCGCCAAGCACGUCAAGACGCACCAGAAUAAGAAGCUCAAAGUCGCUGAGGCUGGGGUCAAGCGGGAGGAUGCGCGGGACCUGUGAGCCCACCCGGGAGCAACUCUAGGCCUCUCCCCGCCUCGGACUCCCCAGCACCUCUUCAUGGAGGUGUUGAGGCCCUGAGGGGAGACCCGAGAGAUGCAUUUGUCCCAGCUGUCUGCCUCCCAAAGCGAUGCCAGGAUCCCAGUUUCCCUGGCCCGGCCCGCGGACAGGGACCCUGUGCCCCGAAGGAGCAGGGGAGGUAGGGUUGGGAGCUUUGCGGAAGGGUGGUUUCAAGCUCUGAACCAUUCCCACCAUCUGGGAGACCUACAGUUUUGGGGUGAGAGACCACCCUGGGCUGAUCUUGUAUAUAAGAAAGGCUGCUGAAUUAAAGCGGAAGAACCUUGGCAGAGUUCAAACAGUGCUGGGUUUUUUGUUAGGACAGGGCCGGGCUUUGUACAGGUUAUUUAAUAGCUUUGUUAAAGAAUAAUUAUAAUAAUUACAACAUUAAUAAAAAUGUUAACUUUUGUCCUCAGCUCCAUGCAGAGCUACAGCAUGAAAUGUCUAUGUAAAGCAAUCAGCAGUUGCAGCGUGAAAAUAAAUACGUUAACUCUUAACUCCGGGGUCACCUCUGGAAGACCCCGCUGAGCCGGU